GCCGAGAGUGUGGACCAGACAGACAUUAACUAAAAUGGCGGAUUUGAAGGCACUGGAACACGCAACACUGAAGGUGCCGUACGAAACUUUGAAUAAAAAGUUCCGGAAUUGCCAGAAGACCAUUGACAGAGAAGUUUCCCAUGUUAUGCAGGUACACAAUGAGUUGGAAAAAUGUCUGGACAGUUCUUCAACUACCGUCGGGACGGUCGUCAAUAUUCUUGAUUCAAUGGUGGAUAAAUUGAGUGCUCUAAAAAGAAAGGCAAAUGAGGCAAUAACCCAAGAAGAGGACAGUGCUCGAGUUGUAAAACGUCGUCUGGAACAUCUAAAGGAAUAUGAAGGAGCAACAGGAGCCGCCCUGGCCCAGUGGAAGAAGAAACGAGUCGACCGUAUGCUGGUGGAAUAUUUCCUACGAGCGGGUUACUAUGAAACUGCAGUCAAGUGUGCGAGGCAUUCUAAUAUAGAGGAUCUCACCAAUAUAGAGCUAUUUCUAGUAGCAAAAGAGGUAGAGGAGUCCUUAUUAAGACGUGAAACCUCAGCAUGCCUCAAUUGGUGUCAUGACAACAAAUCAAAACUUAGGAAAAUCAAGAGCACGCUAGAGUUCAACCUACGAACACAAGAAUUCAUUGAGAUGAUCUUACUAAACAAGCGUCUAGAAGCAGUACGCCAUGCUCGUAAGUUCUUCAGCUCGCUAGAAGGAGAGCAGCUAUCUGAGGUUCAAAGGGUCAUGGGUCUGUUAGCGUUUCCUGCUGAUACUGAUGUCUCACAUUACAAGGAAUUAUUGGACGGUCAUCGCUGGCAGCAGAUUGUUGAUCAAUUCCGAGAGGAGAACUACAAGUUAUAUCAACUAAAUAACACACCCGUCCUAACUGUAUCACUAGAGGCAGGACUAGCAGCUAUGAAAACACCGCAAUGCUAUAGUGAAAGUAACAAGAACGCCGACUGUCCUGUAUGUAGUCAGAAUUUGAAUGAGUUGGCAAAGAAUCUUCCUUAUGCACACUGUGCUCAAUCAAGACUGGUUUGCACGAUAUCAGGCAACAUAAUGAAUGAGCACAAUCCACCCAUGAUGCUUCCGAACGGCUAUGUGUAUGGUGAAUGUUCCCUAAAAAGCAUGGCGAUUGAAAACAAUGGCAUUGUCAUCUGCCCAAAGACAAGAGACAAAUUCACCGUGGACCAGAUAGAGAAGGUAUUUAUUAUGUGAGACAUCAAAGGCAAGAAUGAGAUGCAAACAAAGAGCUGUCGUCAAACCUGAAUCCCGCUUUACAUUCCACCUACUAGGAAAAAUAAACGCCACUUAGCAAAACACCCAACCAGUCACAUGCCUUGUCACUUGGGCAACUUUUACAGGCAACUUGGAGGCAACCAUGUUACAGUGAUAUAGAAAGGUUCGCGGUAACACCAUGUAAUGAUAAUCACUUAUUGAGUUGGGGUGGUUCUGAAAAGAACCGUAGGUUUCAACUUGACGUUUCCAUCAGUAUGCUCUGAUACAGGUUGCAAACAAUGUCUUACGAUCCCCCCAGAACAAAAUUUGAAGAUAUUGCCUUAAACUGGUUGCCUGUAAAUUGCCUGGGGUCGAUUUCCUGAAGAGAUAAGACUUGUCUUAUCUGGAGUUAGGACCAGUAACUGGUCUUAACUUAGGACUAGUCCUGUCCCCACGCAUUGCUUAUACCUAAGUAAAGAAAAAGAAGGGUUUUGUGAAAUACACCCCUAGUGUGACAUCACCCUAAGGCUUUGCUGGUAAUGUGGUUAUGCAAACAGUUUUGUUUCUGCCUAGUAUUUUUGUGUCUAAAUAGAAACUUGAGCCCAGGAGCUAUUAUCGUGGGAUGUAUCUCAAAUAUCAAAUGUCACAAUAUUGCUGCACAAAUGUUCAAAACAAAAAGAACUGCUCUGCUUUGCACACUAUACAGUGUUUUCAAAUAUUGGUAACAAAUAGAAUAUCUGCUGACUUAGGAGGGAUUCGAACCCUACCUAGUAUGCUGGCAAUGCUCAUUAAUCAGUGUUUUUCUUUUCAAAAUAUGGAAAUGGAAUGUUUCAUUUGGUGGGACUAGUUUGUGUAUUAUGAAGGAAGACAAGACAUUGCAAAUUGAUAGUAAAUAUAUUGUACAAAUGUUACAUCAUGCGCAUUUGCUGACUGGUGAAAAGUGCCGAUAUACUUUGCAGAAACUAUAUCUAGCUGUUGAAAAGUAUCCUAACUGGUUACAAAGUCACUUUGUUUAGUUGAGAACGAUAAACUGUAUGACACCAAUCUGAAAUCACCUUUAGUUUAGCGCGAUUAAAAUCAACAAUCUUAGUGUGGUCAAGAGGCAUAUUGAAGUCCACUUUUGUUAAAACAAGGUCGCUGGGACUGGUCAAAUUACCUCUUUGUAACAAGAAGGUUGUGAUAAGAGGACAGCAAAACAAAGAAACACAAAGCAGAAAUGAGAUUCAGGUCUUAAGAAUGUCCCCUUUUAAGUAGAACGUCUUUAUAGAGAGGGCUGGCUGUAUGCGGAACAAUCAAAAUUCCCAUAGAUUGAUCACCAACAUGUAUAACUUCCCUUUAAACAUGUGAAAUGGACAGUCAAGCUCUUACAAACCAUUUGAUAAAAGUUUUGUGGCAAGGCAUACAAUAGGAGACUUUCCACGCUAGGCGGCAGCAGACAUACCGGGUAAAUUUCCAUUGUUUACGUAGUUCUGAAC